AUUGUAAACAUUCGCUUGGACACGGCAGUGACAUAUUGAUUUGAUAUACGAUACAAAUCAUUCCAAUUCAAAAAUAUAAUUGAAUUGGAUGAACUUUAUCGCGAGGACUUUGAUAUCUUACAGUUGUGCACAUUUUUUGUGUGUACACAUCUUUUUCAGCAAUGGAAGCAGGGGCUGGUGGUGGAGAAUCUUUCUUUGAUGAAUAUCAAGCAAUAUCAAAUAAACUAAAAAAACGACUCCUGCGCAAGCCGAACGUCCCCGAGGCGGCGGAGGAGUUCGGUCGCCUGGCCAGCCGGCUGGCCCAGUCGGAGCUCCCGGAGUACGCCGGUCUGACACAGCUGGCCCGCGCCCGGUGUCUGGAGACGCUGGGCAGCCGCACGGCAGAGACGGACGCGCUGAUCGCCGCGGCCAGGCAGUUCAUGCUGGCCCACCAGGAGCAGAGUGACCAGCACGCGGCCACGAGCGGCGCGCAGCUGCAGGCCGCCAUCGCUCUGUACAACGCCGCCAUCCGGCACCAGCUGUCCGCCCAGCGCGGAUUACUGGCCGCUCGGACCUGCCUGGAGCUGGCGCACGCGCUGAGGAGGCAGGGCAGGACCCGGCAGGCGCUGCUGUACUUCCAGGACGCGGCGGAUCUGCAGACACCUCCGGCGGCGCUGGAGAGCCGCGAACUGGCUGUCAGGUGUCAGCUGGAACUCGUGGACCUGGAGGCGGCGCUGUCCAGUCUGGACGAUAUGCACACGGCGCUGGAGGAACUGGGAGGCAGCAGCAGCGCCCACAGUCUCACGGCGCGCUACUUGAGAUGGUGUGAGGUGACCCAAGUCCUGCUGCUGUUGGCCGCUGAGCCGCCGGCCUCCCAGCCCAAACCGGCUCACACCCGGCUGCUGGAUGGACUCACCAAACCAGACGGCCGGCACAGAGGUGGCCACCUCUCGGAGUGCGUCCACCUACUCUUCCAGUCUCUGGUGUUGGCCGUGCGGCGGCGCCACCUGUCGGCUCUGUACCGGUUGGAGGGGGAUCUGAGGCCGCACCUGGACGAGAGCCAGCGCCACCUGCUGGACAGGCUGGUCAGACAGGUCGAGACGCGAGUGCCGGCACAAAAAUGAGUCGGGGAGGGGAGGGAGGGCAUGAGACGGGGUUCGGCGUUUGGUGAGGGGGUGUGAAGAAGGGUUAGGAUUGUGCACUGCAGUGUGCACUGAAGUGAAUUUCUGUUGAGCUUUAAGGGAUUUUGACUGGAAGAGUUGGAUAUUUGAUUGGUAGCAUUCCAAUGAUGAAUGGAGUGACCGAAGGAUGGAGCGAGUAUGCAAGAGCAACGUAGAAUGUGACAAAGUGAUAGUUAUGUGUGUGCCAGAUAUAGGAUGAGUUAGCUGGGAGAUGAGUGAGGAGAAUGCUACGAAAAAAAGGUGCUUCGAAAUUCCGAUGAUAUUCGAGGUGCCGUGGCAAUGAUGCUAAAAUGAGAUCUAACAGUCCCUAGUCCUUAUCUGCAGCUGACCACAAUCCCACAUUCAGUCACCCAGCAGAAAGUGUUUUCCUUGAAACUAAAGACGGAUGCGCUCCCUCCCCCAAAUCGGCCUAUCAUGGAUUAUCCCUCCCUCUAAUCUGCCUGUUUGAGCCCUGGCUGGAUAUUCUGAGCCCGGUGCCUGGCCCGCCCACCUCGGUUCUCUGGCUGUCGGGCGUGCCAAACGGGUCCGCUGAGACCCUCUGCGUGUGGAGGGAUGGGUUUGAGCACGUGGAGAGUGGAAUUACAGUCACCCCACGGCCCUAAUCUGCCCGGUGCGUGCGGCCACCGCGCGUCUUGGCGGUGGCCAGGGCUUGUGGUUAGGGUUUGUGAUUAGCGGGGAGUCUGGUUAUUAGUGUUCAAAUUUUGCGUCUCAUAACCUGAUUUGGAGAGGUGGUACACAAAAUUACGUAGGCACUGCCGUUGUUAAUUUUUUAUGUUUUUAUCUCAUAUGUAUGUGAAUUUUAUUGUUUGGUUACUUUUACGGCGGGUUCAUUGGUGAUAAAAGCAAAAUAUAUUUGUUGUGCUCGA